AAGGGACUCGCGCCAUGUCGUCCGCCGUCGCCCGGUCGCUCCGGUCAGCUCCCGCGUCCGCCCGCCGGCUCCCCGGCCGCGCGGUCUUGUCUCGCGCGCGCUCGACGGCGGCGGUCGGCGUCGCCGACGACGCCGAGCCGCAGGGCUCCCUCUUCAACCCGACCGCGGAGCACUAUGCGCUCCGCGAGCUGUGCGCCGCGUUCGUGCGGGACGAGGUGGAGCCGCAGGCGCUCGAGUUCAACCGGGCGGAGCGGUUCAACCACCCGCUCUUUCGCCGCGCCGGCGAGCUCGGGCUGCUCGGCGUGACCGUCGACCCCGAGUACGGCGGCGCGGGCAUGGACGCGGCGGCGGCCUGCAUCGUGCACGAGGAGCUGUCGGCGUCGGACCCGGCCUUCUGCCUCUCGUACCUGGCCCACUCGCAGCUCUUCGUCAACAACCUCGCGCGCAACGGCUCCGCCGAGCAGAAGGCCGCCUGGCUCCCUGCCGCGUGCUCUGGCGAAGCGAUUGGCGGCAUGGGCAUGUCUGAGCCGGAGGCGGGGACGGACGUGCUGGGGAUGCGCACGCGGGCAGAGCAGCAGGCGGACGGGAGCUGGCUGCUCAACGGAGGUAAGAUGUGGAUCACCAACGGCGCCGUCUCGGACACGGAGCUGGGCGACCGGUACCUCAUCUACGCGCGCACGGCCGGGCCGGAGGUGAAGGCGUCCAAGGCCGUCUCCCUCUUCUACGUCGAGCGCGGGAUGGCCGGCUUCAGCCUGGGGCAGCGGCUCAAGGACAAGUGCGGGAUGCGCGCGUCCCCCACCGCCGAGCUCGUGUUUGAGAACGUGCCGCUGCCCGCCGCCAACCUCAUCGGCCAGCCGGGCGGCGCGACGGUCUGCAUGAUGCGCAACCUCGAGAUCGAGCGCGUCGUGCUCGCGGCGAUGGGCGUGGGCAUCGCCCGCCGCUCGCUCGAGGCGAUGAAUGCGUACGCGACGGACCGGCGCGCCUUCGGCGCCUCGCUGCGCGACUUUGGCCAGAUCCAGAGGCACAUUGCCGAGUCGUACGCCGAGUACAUGGCGGGCAAGACCUACCUGUACCAGACGGCGCUCGGGCUCGACCUCGACGCUGCGGGCAACCGGCUGGACACGGACGGCGUCAAGCUCUACUGCACGACGAUGGGCAAGAACGUGGCCGACCGCGCGAUCCAGGUGAUGGGCGGGUACGGCUACAUGGGCGAGUACGCGGUCGAGCGGCUCUGGCGCGACGCGAAGCUGCUCGAGAUCGGCGGAGGCACGCUCGAGUCGCACCACAAGAACAUGGUCCGCGACAUGAGCCAGCUCGACGCGAUGCCGUGAUAGCUUCGGUGUGCGCGAUCCCCUCUCGCGCUAGAGCUGAGAGAGUUCGGCCUCGGGCGACCAGCGGCAUUGCGUUGGCUAUAGAGCGCGAGCCUCUAGCGAGCAAGCCGUUGGUGCCACGUCGGACGUGUUCGAGAGCGGUCGUGUGUAUCGUGGUAGUGUGUGUCUAGCUGUGUCCCGUGCUGAGAGAGAUCUCUUUUCAAAACCGCGAAAAUGUGCUCGCACG